AGGGGAGCGACUCUCGCCCAAACUCGGCUCCUGCCAAAUCCUCUCGCUUCGUUUCCGUCACAGCACAUUUAGUCUAGUCUUCACCCGCAGCUUGUAUAACGAUAACAACAACAAUAACAAUAAACAACCAGUGAGCGUAAUAGAAAUUUAGUAGCCGAUAAUUAUUCCCGGCAACAGUCGGCUGCUGCUGCUGUUGUUGAGAGAGAGAUUAUUUUUACGCAUUCACGUUUUUGAGUUGGCGCGGUUCGAGCUCGAGUCGUAUCGGGGGCGAGAGUUGGUCGAGCAGCAAACAGCGUCCUCCAUCAGCGGCGGGGAGAAGAGGCGACUCGCACAGCUCACAGCUCACACGUGUCACACGUCUUAUACGUGUUACACGUGUUACACAACUCGCAUAGUCCUCGCCAAGAGCUCGCUCGCCCUCGAACGAAAUGGAGUCGCCCGGAGAGAAGGCACGAAUGACGCCUGUGCUGGUGUUCUCGGUGAUCGUGGCGGUGCUGGGCUCCUUCUCGUUCGGGUACAACAUCGGCGUGAUCAACGCGCCCGAGCAGAUCAUCCAGUCGUUUUUUAACGAGACGUGGAUCGAGCGCUACGGCAAUGCCGUUGAGAAGUCGACGCUCACCACGCUGUGGUCGUCCACCGUGGCUAUCUUCACUGUCGGCGGCAUGAUCGGGGCCUUCUCCGUGGGGCUCUUUGUCAACAGAUUCGGCAGGAGGAACUCGAUGCUUGUCAACAACAUCCUGGCCGUGAUCGGCGGCGUGUGCAUGGCGUUCACCAAGCUGGCCAGCUCCUUCGAGCUGCUCAUCGUCGGCAGGUUCAUCAUCGGCGUCCACUGUGGCCUCUUGUCGGGCUUCGUGCCGAUGUACGUGGGGGAGAUCUCUCCCACGUCCCUGCGUGGCGCCAUGGGCACCCUGCACCAGCUCAGCCUCGUCAUCGGCAUCCUGGUGGCACAGGUGCUGGGUCUGGAAUCGCUGCUGGGCACGGCGCAGCAGUGGCCGCUGCUGCUGGGCCUCACCGUGGUGCCGGCCGUGGUGCAGGCGGUCGCCCUCUUCUUCUGCCCCAAGAGCCCGCGCUUCCUGCUCAUCAACAAGCAGAAGGAGAACGAGGCGCGCGACGCGCUGGUGAAGCUGCGCGGCACGACGGACGUGAACGACGACAUGCGCGAGAUGCGCGAGGAGCACCGGCGCAUGGAGCAGGUGCCCAAGGUCGCGAUCCCCGACCUCUUCCGCAGCAUCGACUACCGGCAGGCCAUCAUCGUCGCCGUCAUGCUGCAGCUCUCGCAGCAGCUGUCCGGCAUCAACGCGAUCUUCUACUACUCGACGGGGAUCUUCAAGAAUGCCGGCGUGUCGCAGCCGGUCUACGCCACCAUCGGCGCCGGCAUCGUCAACGUCGCCUUCACCGUGGUCUCGCUGUUCCUGGUGGAGCGUGCGGGCCGUCGCUCGCUGCACCUCGUUGGCCUGGCCGGCAUGGCCGCGUGCAGCGUCGCCAUGACGUUGUCGCUCGUCCUGCAGGCGAGCGCGUCGUGGAUGAACUACGUGAGCAUCGUGGCCAUCUUCGGCUUCGUGGCGUUCUUCGAGAUCGGGCCGGGCCCCAUCCCGUGGUUCAUCGUCUCGGAGCUCUUCAGCCAGGGCCCGCGGCCCGCGGCCGUCGCCGUCGCCGGCUUCUCCAACUGGACGUCCAACUUCCUCGUGGCCAUGUGCUUCCCAUACGUGCAGGAGCUGCUGGGGAGCUACGUGUUCGUGGUGUUCACCUGCUUCCUCGUCUUCUUCUUCGUCUUCACCUACUUCAAAGUGCCCGAGACGAAGGGCCGCACCUUUGACGACAUCGCGUCGGGAUUCCGCGACAAGGCCGGCGGCGCCAAGGCGGCGCCCACCGACGAGCUGAACCACCUCAGCGAGGGCAACGGGGACUCGCGGGUGUGAGCCUCCUCGACGCCCACCCGCACCCUCGGGCCCGGCCGCCACCAGCGCCAUCCCCGCCCUUCUCCGCAAUUCCGAGGCGGCGCCCCCGCGGCCGUCGCCUCCGGCCCGAUACCGGAGAGGUGCCGCCACCCCCCCCUCCCCUCCCGCCUCCACGCAGGGCCCAGUCCUGGGCCUCGUUGUCUGGGUGGGGGUCCGGGGGGAGGGGGCGCGAGCCAUCGCGACGUCGCGACCACGCGGACUUUGCGUGUCGCAGAGUCGCGUGGUUUUUAUCGUAAUCGGCUGAGCUGUGGUGGGUCGAGUUGAUUUGGGGGGAGGGGGCUAUGAAUCCCCCCACCCCACCCCACCCCACCCCUCACCUGGGUGCCCCCCUGCCAGACACCGGAGUGGCCCCCCCUCUCCCUGUACCCUGUACAUAGCACGCUCGUGUAAAUAGCCGUUGCUCGUAACUUAUUUGCCGUUUGCGUUUUGUACGUACUAACCGCCGUCACCGCUAUUUAUCGCAGACACGGACCCGCGUUUGAAUGUCGGUAUGUUUUGUUGUUCUUUUUAACGUCGGUUCAACGUCAGUUCAAGGUGUGGUUCACGACGAAGCGGAGCGCGUCUAGCAAAACGAUCGAACGACAAACAAAAAAACGCGGGGUUUUAAAGAAUUUAUUUUUUAAGUAGCUUAAAUGAAUUAUGGAUAGGGGAAAACAAAAUAAAGAGAGAAUAUAAUAUGAAUAAUAACUAUUGUUAAAGUGAUUUAAAAACUUGAAUAAGACUUCUAGUGCGAGUGGUUCACCACCACACCCUGUAUACCUCUGAGUCUAGUCCCAUUCCCGGACGCCGCCCCUCGCGAUUUGCACAGCUUCGUGGUUGUUGCCGCUCGUCGCGCGAAGAUCGACGCUGCUCUUGCGCUCGCCGCGCGGCAACGCCCGUCCGCCUCGGCCCCUCCCUGUGUCCGUCUGGUAUCCGUUUGCUCACGUGUCUCAAUAGUCGGCACAUUGAUGUCUUUGUACGCAUGUUUGCGUGUGUCUCUGUGUGUGUGUGUGGGUAGCGGUAGCGCGGCGGUUAGCGCUACGCUGCGCUACGAACCCGGCGAACCCGAGUUUGAUUCAUGCUCACGGCCACCAACACCAGUGACGAUUAUUUUAACCGGUCCUGGACCUCUCCUUAGGUCAACUCAACCUCAAAUGAGUACCCGGUCCGGUGUGUAAACAUCGCCACCGGGGAGACAAAGGCCGGCCGAGUGUGGUGCUGGCCACCUACCCCUUCGUGUGCCGUGCCGGCCUCCAUAGGUGCUCGAUAACAGCACUUCCCCCCAACAGUCUGUUCAGGCUGUUGGGGGGAUUUUUGUGUAUCUGUGAAAAGGUCUAAGCCACCUGCCAAUCGCAGUACACAGUCCUAGAGCUCCAUUGUGACCACGUGCCCAACGUCGACAGUAACUCCCACGUCAUUGGUUGCUUGGAAGGAGGUGCAGCUUGUAACCCGAGGGGGCGGUGUCGAACCCCCCCCCCCCCCCCACGUGUUUUGAGUGCCAAGCGAAAGGCCGCCUCGUGAAUGGCCCUACCAUACCUCCUCGGCCUACACCGUCGUGUCCCCAUGGAGAUGCCGAUUCUCCUUGUCGAGUCAGAGAGGAGACAUUGGUGCUCGGUUUGCCUCCAUCCCGAGCCCAUGCGGUGGCACGAGGUCCUAUAGCGCCCCCGUACCCUGACCCCCGUACCCUGACCCCGGUACCCUGACCCCGUACCCUGACCCCCGUACCCUGACCCCGUACCCUGACCCCCUGUACCCUGACCCUUCGUGGUGGUUGGGAUGUUGUGUUUGUGCCACGUUGUGUGCCACGUGUUGUUGUGUGUGCCACGUGGUGUUGUUGUGUGUGUCACGUGGUGUUGUGUGUGCCACGUGGUGUUAUUGUGUGUGCCACGUGGCACAUGUCUGGGGAGUGGUGGUGCAACGGUUAGCACGCUGCACUACAGAACCCGGGCGACUCCAGUUCGAUUCCCGCUCACGGCAAACAUCAGUGGCGAUGAUCCGAACCAGUCCUGGGCCUCCCAUAGGUCGACUCGGCCUUUUAAUUGAGUACCUGAUGUGUAAAUAUAAGCACUGGGGAGACAAAGGCGGUCGGGCGUGGUGAUGGCCCCCCACCCCCUCGUGUGCCGUUCCGGCCUUAACAAGUACUCGCUAAGAGCACUUGCCCCCCCCGCAGUCUGUUAGCGGCGACACGGAGGAGGGUCUUUGUGGCGCACGCUUCGUGUGUCCAUCCCGUGCGCAACAGUCUGGUCACGUCCAAGGAUUAUUCCCUCGCCUCCAGCCCUCGCCACCCGCCGACCCCCACCUCGCGACCGCCUCUUCAGUGUUCACCCGCUCUCCGUUUAAAAGUGUAAAAACAAAAAAGUGUGUACGAGCUGCGCGCGCCCGAUGAUGAUUAUUAAACGUGUCCCACGUGUGAGAUGUGAGCGAGUGCGCGUGUUCAAGCCAAGAGCGCGACGAUACCGUGCGUCCAAGACAAAGAUCCCCCGUACAGCCUUCACAGACCUGUUGGGUCAAGUGCUGUUGGCGAGCAUCCAAUGAAGGCUGGCACGCACGGGCACACAUUCUAAUGAUGACUGCACCCACAAACACACCUACAACAGAAUAACAUUAACACUUUAUUUUUUUUAAUGUCUAUAUAUAUAGGUCACUCUAACACCCACGUACACACACACAACUAGACCUCCAUUAGAAACGGCGCUCCGUGCUGCACGUGGGCAGGUGGUUUAACAAUCAUCGGGUGCGUGCGGCGUGUAACUCGUGAACGUGACGCGCUGGCUUGUUGAUGGCCUACCCCCCCCCCCCCCCUCCAGUGUAGAGUGCGCUUGUGUCGUGAGAGAGGCACGAAAACCCGAUUGUAAAUACGAGAUCCGUGUAAUUAUUCUGCCAGUGUUUACAAAGAUGACGUGUGUGUGUGUGUGCCCGUGUCGAAGUAAACAUCUCCUAGGUGUAUAGAACCAACA